GUGUGUACCAUCAUGUUCCGGUGACCACGUGUUUGUAUGACAGGCCGGUGUACACUAGUUCCCUGAUUAACAAUGUCGGAGUAUAACAUCCGCCCGGCUGAAGAGGGUGAUUGUGAAGAUAUCCUCCGUUUGAGACAGGAGUUGGCCGUUUACAACAAGACACCGGGCCUGGAACUGACAGCGGAAAAACUCAGAAAAGAUGGUUUUGGUGAGCAGAAAUGUUUCGAAUGUCUGGUUGUUGAGGAUACGAAAGCGACAGCUUCACAAGACAAGUUUGUUCUGUGGGGGUACGCUCUUUAUUUCUACGUUUACUCCACUUGGUCGGGACGUGUUAUAUUCCUGGAGGAUCUGUUCUUGUCAGAGGAACACAGAGGGCGUGGUAUUAGGUCCAAACUGUUCCACGAAGUAGCACAG